GUGAAGUCGGUGAGCCAUGACCUGGAGCAGUUGAGUCGGUUGCUCCACAUCGCGCGGAGUUUGAUCCAAAACCCCUUCCUGUGCUUGGGCUCCUACGUGAGGAGCCUGAUUGGGAGUGUCCUCUACUGUGCCCUGGAGCCCUUGGCUGCCUCCAUCAACCCCCUCAACGACCACUGGACCCUCCGCGACUACGCGGCCAUGUUGCUGAGCCGCAUCUUCUGGACCCACGGUGACCUGGUCAGUGGCCUCUACCACCAGAUCCUCCUCUCCCUCCAGAAGGUCUUGGCCGAUCCCGUCCGGCCCCUCUGCUCCCACUACGGCGCCGUGGUGGGACUUCAUGCCUUGGGUUGGAAGGCCGUGGAGAGGGUUCUCUACCCCCAUCUCCCCACCUACUGGGCCAACCUCCAGGCCGUGCUGGACGAUUAUUCCGUCUCCAACGCUCAGGUCAAGGCUGAUGGACACAAGGUCUAUGGGGCCAUCUUG